UGCAAAAGUUUGUUUUCUAAAUUAUUGCACCACUUUGCAAACGACAAAAUAAGGAAGGGGCGUCUUUCUCAAUUCACGAAAUCGAUUCAAAAGUCAAUUUUGUAACAGCUAUCUACAUAGAAACAGCUAGGAAUAAAAAUUUGCAUUUAAUGAAGUACGGUUAUUUUGAAUCAAAAAAGAGGCUGCUGACAUUUUAAACAGGACUAUGGCAGACAAAAGACCAACUAAGUCAAGCGACAGCUCCAUUUUCAGAAUACCACCCUACUAUUACAUCCAUAUCUUAGAUCAAAACACUAAUGUCACCAGAGUCGAAAUUGGACCAAAGACAUAUAUUCGCCAGGAUAAUGAAAAAGUUGUGUUUGGACCGCAACAGAUGGUAACACUCCCUCCAAGACAUUAUUGUGUUAUUGAGAAUCCUGUUUUUACUGACGAUGAAGGAAAAGUUGUAUUUGAUGAAAGCGGUCAAGCAAAGUUGAAACAUGCAGAUUUGGAUAUUCGCCUAGCCCAAGAUCCAUUCCCAUUGUACCCAGGAGAAGUACUUAAGCAGUCAAAAACCGCGUUAACUGUAGUUCAUGCCAACUCAGCUCUGCGAUUGAGAUCUAUCCUUGACUUCACUCACAAGAGUGGGAAAAAUAUUAUUGCUGGAGAUGAAUGGUUGUUUGAAGGGCCUGGAACAUACAUUCCAUGUAAAGAAGUUGAAGUUGUUGAGAGUGUCCAUGCAGUUAUUAUUAAACCCAAUCAGGCCAUUAAACUACGAGCCAGAAAAGAAACAACGGAUCGAGAAGGAAAGGAAAGAGUUACAGGUGAAGAAUGGAUUGUAAAGAAGACUGGUGCUUAUCUACCAGGAGCGUAUGAGGAAGUUUGUGAAAUUGUGGAUGCCUAUGUACUCACAGAAAAGAAUGCAUUGCAUAUGCGAGCGACUCGAACAUUUACUGACAUGAAGAAGAAAUUACGAAAAAAUGGUGAAGAGUGGCUGAUUACUUUCGAUGACACUGAAACUCACAUUCCAAAUGUUUAUGAAGAGGUUGUAGUUGUUGUUAACAUUACAACAUUGAGCAAUCGAGAAUACUGUGUCAUAUGUGAUCCAAUUGGUGAAGACGGAAAACCUCAACUAGGACAAAAAAAACUUGUCAAGGGUGAAAAAUCAUUUUUCCUUCAACCAGGAGAGAAAUUAGAAAAAGGUAUUCAAAAAAUAUACGUCCUUGGCGAAGACGAGGGAUUGAUUUUAAAAGCUACCGAAGAAUUCACAGACGACAAAGACAAACGCGCUCCUGGAGAUCGCUGGAUGAUCCGUGGUCCACGAGAAUACGUGCCGCCCGUAGAAGUAGAAGUAAGCAACUUUCGCAAAGCAAUUCCACUGGAUGCCAACGAAGGUGUUUAUGUUCGAAAUAUAAAAACAGGUCAGGUGAGAGCUGUUAUCGGAUGCACAUACAUGUUGAAUCAAGAUGAGGAACUGUGGCAAAAAGAGUUGCCACCUGUCGUGGAAGAUUUGUUGGCACAAGGAAAAGAUCCCGUUGCUGACCGCAGUGAUCGAAAAACUGCUGAAAAACCUAAAUCACGCGAUAAACAUAAAGUAGUCACCUUCCGCGUGCCACACAAUGCUACUGUUCAAAUCUACGACUACAAGGAUAAAAAAGCAAGAGUCAUUUUUGGUCCGGAUCUUGUCAUGCUUGGCCCAGAUGAGCAGUUCACUGUUCUCAGUAUCUCUGGCGGCAAGCCUAAACGUCCUAAUGUAAUCAAAGCAUUAUGUUUAUUACUUGGUCCUGACUUUUGCACUGAUAUAGUUGUCGUAGAAACUGCUGAUCAUGCGAGACUGUCAUUACAGUUGUCUUAUAACUGGCACUUCACAUGUGACAAGGACGACGCCAGUGGCGCGAAACUUUUCUCAGUACCAGACUUCAUCGGAGAUGCUUGCAAGGCGAUCGCUUCGCGAAUUCGAGGUGCUGUGGCCAGCGUAAAGUUUGACGAUUUCCACAAGAAUUCCGCAAAAAUCAUCCGCUCUUCCGUAUUUGGGUUGGACGAGAAGGGAAAAGUUCGAGAAAAAUUCACCUUUCCAGCAAAUAAUUUGAGCAUAACUAGUGUCGAUAUCCAGUCUGUGGAGCCCGUCGAUCAACGUACACGUGACGCUCUGCAGAAAUCUGUCCAGCUUGCUAUUGAAAUCACAACAGCUUCGCAAGAAGCGUCUGCGAAACAUGAGGCAGAUCGUCUUGAACAAGAAGCUCGAGGUCGCCUCGAGAGACAGAAAAUUCAGGAUGAAGCAGAAGCAGAGAAGGCUCGCCGAGAGUUACUCCAACUGCAAGCUUUGAGCGCAGCUGUCGAAUCAACUGGUCAAGCUAAGGCCGAGGCUCAGUCUCGUGCUGAAGCUGCACGAAUUGAAGGCGAGGCUGCCGUACAACAAGCGCAAUUGAAAUCUGAAGCGACCAGCAUUGAAGCUGAUUCUGAAUUAAAACGUCUGACGGCUGCGCGUGAUGCUGAAAUGAAGUACAUCAAAGAACAGAACGAGCUCGAGAUUGUGAAGACCUCUGAGCUCGCUACCAUCGAGUCGAACAAAUUUAAACAGAUGGUGGACGCUAUUGGUUCGAAUACAAUACAAUCAAUUGCUACUGCCGGUCCUGAUAUGCAGGUAAAGUUACUGAAAUCGCUUGGACUUCAAUCAACGUUAAUCACGGAUGGUUCAUCUCCAAUCAACCUCUUCAACACAGCCCAAGGUUUGAUUGGUGCUAUUGAAGAUCGGAAAAGUCGAAGAGACAGAGACAGCUUUACAUCGGAAAGCUAAUCGUUUUUAAAAUAAACGGUUUUUUUGUAAUGUUUUUUUUCCUUUAAAUUAAUUUAUGAUUUUUUUUAUUUCAAUUUUUUCAAAAUUCUGUUCUGUUGUACACAAGUCUAUUUCAUGUUGUUUUUUUUUUACUUUUUUGUAUAGGCUGUGUGGUUUUCGUAAAAUAAUAAAAGUAAAAUUAAAUAAACUUUUAUGCGCUGGA